UAAGCCACCUCCAGCGCCUGCCGCCCCAUCGUCAUCCCCGACUCCACGAGCUCUCGUCUCCGGCGGCGGAACGCAGGAAGGAAGCAGGCGGCGGCCAUGGUGAAGGGACGCACGGGGCAACGAGUCAGGCUCUACGUCCGGGGCACUAUCCUUGGAUACAAGAGAUCGAAGUCGAACCAGUACGAGAACACUUCGCUGGUGCAGAUCGAGGGGGUUAACACGAAGGAGGACGUCGCGUGGUACAGCGGGAAGCGCAUGGCGUACAUCUACAAGGCCAAGACCAAGAGCAGCGGCACCCACUACCGGUGCAUCUGGGGCAAGGUCACCCGCCCUCACGGCAACUCCGGCGUCGUCCGCGCCAAGUUCAAGUCCAACCUCCCGCCGGCCUCCAUGGGUCACAAAGUCAGAGUGUUCAUGUACCCGAGCAGCAUCUAAGGUUUUGUUGAGAUAGGGAUGUUCAUGCAUUUCUUGUCUUGAGCUCAAAAUGCCAUAUUUUGGUGAACCUAUGCUGUGUUGGCAACUAAACAUGUGGAAGUUUGCCUAAAUUUGUUGUCAAAUGGAUGAACCAUUGUCGUAAUAUUAUGCCAACAUUAAAGCUA